AAUAAUUUGGACUUGAUGUUUGUCAUUCAUUGUUUUCAUUUGUUAUUGCAGCCCACAACGGUGUUCACGGUCGAUGGAGACACCUUCACCCAGGUCCAAGACUACGGCAGCAAAGGUAAAAUCACCCUGAAGAGGGAGUUCUCCGCUAACCAAUUUAAAUUGACCAUGACAUCUAGUAAAUGGGACGGUGUCGCCUACAGAUACUACGUGCCCGCCUAAUUUAGAAUAAGUUAUUUCUAAAGAGAAUCGAUGGUUGACCAGUGAAAAAUAUCUGAUCUGUUGUAAUUUAUACAAAUAUUUAUAAAAAAACUA